AUGGCUAUCAUUGGCAAUCUCGAAGUCACUAUCACCAGCGGUGGCAAAGUCCUUCGAGAGUAUGGCGUUGCUGAAGAGGAUCAGGUUGAUCGUGAGGGUGACCCAAAAGCUCAACGCGUCGGUCGUCGCUGCAAGAAGGUAUCGACUGUAAUGACAGAGAAGUGCUUCGCAUAUGUCGAAGCGACUCCAGACGCCAACUUCGAGAUCGGCUACAAAAUGAGCGGUAAACUAGCAUUUGGCCGUGCAAGUCAUAUUAUCUUCGGGACAUCUGUCGACGGACACGAUAUCAUCUCACCUUCUGUUGACAAGGAGGAAUACCAAAAGUCUGGUGCCUUUUCAAGUGUUGACGAGGGCGAUAUGAGCACGUGUGGCUCCGAAACGAACCUGCAUCGCUUUUACUGGGCACCACUUUCGACUACCGAUGACAACCCGAAAGUGACAGUCGCCGAGCUGAAGGCUGAGUAUGGCAGCAAGGGUACUAUUCGGGUUGAUGUCUGGCGGAGACAAAGACUUCCCAGCAUCCCACAUGAUAGAGCUACCCCUGCCAUUUCCAGCGAUAUCCCAGAACGCGCCUUGAAAGGCCGCGCAGUGGAAGUCGGAGUCAGUUUUAGAAAUGCGAAGCAAAUCGCAAAAGUCAAUUUCAUCUACUCGAAACCGGUCGACAAGGAACCGUUGGCUACUUUCGUCUUCUUCUAUCGAAGCAAAAAUGCAUUACAAGCCUUGGACCUCAUUCCUCGAACCCCCGAACCAGUCCCGCUAGAAGAAAGAGACGAGGAGACACUGAACCCCGCGGAGAUGCUAGAGCUCAUUCGUCGACAGAAGGCAAGUAACAGUUUGGCUUGGAUGCCUAAUCUUGCAGAACGAAAGGCGGAGAAGGUAAAGAUCAAGCAGGAGAAGGCCGAGGCAAACCUGAGACAACUGGCAGGACUCAAGCGCGAGGCCGGUGCCCUGGACGACGAGGAUAUCAGCAUCGUAGUCCAGUCGGCCAAGAAAACUCGGCGUGAGGUGGCGGUCGUUGAGCUAUUGGAUUGA